AUUUGGAAUCCAUGCUAGUACGAUCAAAUCACAGAAAUGGCCAAGUUCACCACCAUGGUUUCUCUCCUCUCCAUUGCAGUAGUCCUCUUGAUCGCAUCGACGGUAAAUGCCGGAUCUGACGCUCCGUUCAUCGUAGCUCACAAGAAAGCCACACUCAAUAGGCUCAAUUCCGCCGUCGAAAAACUCUCCGUUUCCAUAAACAUCUAUAACCAAGGAUCUGCGGCUGCAUAUGAUGUUAGCCUCUCCGAUGAUGGCUGGUCUCCUGAGAUAUUCAGCAUUGUCUCAGGGAACACUUCAACCUCUUGGGAAAAACUUGAUGUUGGUGCUCUUCUAUCACACUCAUUUGAGUUAGAAUCCAGAACAAAAUCUGUCUUUUACAGCACACCUGCUGUUAUUACAUUCCGUGUCCCCACAAAGGCUGCACUACAGGAGGCAUAUUCAACCCCACUUCUGCCUCUUGAAAUCCUAUCAGAUAAGCCACGCAAAACUACACUUGGUCUUGUUAAGGUACGAGCUUUUUUUUUUUUUUUUUUUCAUCAAUGCAUUUCUUUACCUUAUCAUUUUCUAUAUGUAGCUUUAAAAACUAGGCUGAUGAUGAAAUAUGGAAACUUAGUAUCCGUAAUCUCCCUUGUGGUUUUAUUCGUGUACCUGAUGGUAACCCCACCUAAUAAGUCCAAUGCAGCAAAGGGAAGUAAGAAGAGGCGUUGA